CGUUGGCAGGAUCCCUUCCCUCGAACUGCGAGAUUUCCUCUCUCUGUUGUCUUUCCCUUUUCCGUUCGACUUCAGAUAAUUUUAACUUCGGGUUAGGGCUUCUUUCUUCCCGCCCUCCACAGUUUCCGCUACUUAAUUUGAUUCCCACCGGUAGAUGUCUAGUUAUUGACCCAUAAAUGGAGAUAAAGACUUGCGGGAAGCCAAUUGAUUCUUUGCUGGAGAAGGUUCUAUGUAUGAAUAUUUUGUCUUCUGAUUACUUUAAGGAGCUUUAUCGUUUGAAGACAUACCAUGAAGUGGUUGAUGAAAUUUAUAACCAAGUUGAUCACGUGGAGCCAUGGAUGACUGGGAACUGCCGUGGUCCUUCAACAGCAUUCUGCCUUCUGUACAAGUUUUUCACCAUGAAACUUACUGUGAAACAAAUGCAUGGGCUGCUAAAGCACGAGGAUUCCCCUUACAUCAGAGCGAUUGGAUUUCUGUACUUGAGAUACGUCGCAGAUCCAAAGACUCUUUGGAAUUGGGUUGAACCGUAUGUUAAAGAUGAAGAGGAAUUUUCACCAGGAUCCCAUGGACGAAUGACUACUAUGGGUGUUUAUGUGCGUGAUUUGCUCCUUGGACAGUACUACUUCGAUACUCUUUUCCCUCGUAUUCCAGUUCCUGUCUUGCGACAAGUUGUAGCUAAUCUCGAAAAAUUGAAGCUUCCAAGCAAACAUUCAGGCGUGACAGGGGAAACCCAUCGAUUGGGGUCUGAAGACACUGCACGGCGACCACCUUCUGUAAAAGCUUCACUUUCAGUCUCCUUUGGACAACGAGCCCCACAUCGUGCCUCAACUAGGGACUCAUCUCCAGUUCGUCGUACGCUACCGACAUCAGCUAUUGACAGAGAUAAUAGUGAUGAUCUACGAAGAUCUCCAAGCAGUCGCCGUAGCCAAAGUCGUGAACAUCCAGAUACUAGGGAGAGGAGCAGGGAUAGAGAUUAUGACAGGGAGAGAAGCAGGGAUAGAGAUUAUGACAGGGAAAGGAGCAGGGACAGAGAAUAUGACAGGGACAGGGGAAGGGAUAGAGACCGAGAGCGAGAACAUGAUCGGGACAGAGAAAAGUAUAGAGAUCGGGAGAGGGACCGAGAAAGAGAUAGAGAAAGAGAGAAAGCCAGGGAUAGGGAAAGGGACAGAGAGCGAGACAGAGAACGAAGUUAUGAUUAUGAUCGAAGGACUCAUUAUACUGAUAGAGAGGGUAGAAGGGACUUCGAAAGAAGUAGCCGUGAUGGUGGUACAAGGCAUUACCGAAGGAGUCGUAGCCGAAGUAGAAGCAGGAGCAGUAGUCGAAGUCUACAAACAGGAGUGAAUGCCCAUGGCCAUCACGAACGAGAGCCAAGUCCUGCAAGGGGCAGAACCUCGGAGAAGACGUCGAUCAUAUCGAGCAAUCUGGCAAAACUAAAAGAUAUGUAUGGUGAUGUGAGCGAGCAGAAAGGAGGAGGGGAUCCAAGCAAAGAAAGAAUUAACAGAAGAGAUAGUAGCGGUGAAGAGGUGAUCAGAUUGGGUGGUUCCUGGAAAUAGAAGAAAGAACUCCACUGUAUUCAAUACUCAACUCACCCAUCUUUAUCUUUUUAUUUAGAAAACAAACACAAUUUAGUUUUCUCUAUUGGAAAAGGGAAGAAAAAAAUGAAAAAUGAUGUAUCUGUCACUUGGAGUUUUAUAGUAUUUUCAUCAUCUCUCUCCCAAUCUACUUCCUCACAGUUGAAUGCUCAGACUUAGGCAUGCAACUAUGGUGGCUGUGUAUUAGAAUUUAAUUGACUUUGAUUUCUCUGCUUCUUUUAUGUUGGAACUUCUUUUCCUUU